AUGCAGCAGCAACAACAACCCGCUUCGGCCAUUGAGCAGUCGCUGGUGACAAUACACGACAUCGCCACGGAGAAUCUGGGCACGCUCUGCAUCUCGCAGCUCUACCGACCGCUCCAAGUGCCCCUCAACUCGGAGCGCUUCGAGAGCAGCAGACAAAAGGCGGAUUUGGCGGCAUCGAUUCUGCAGGAAGUGGGCAUCAUACGGCAUGGCGGACUCUCUGAUGCGCUGGCCAAGGGCCUGCUCACUGAUGAAUACAUAAACGGAGCACGCAUUUUAGCUUUGAACCUAACCAACGGCGCAGUCCAAUCGUACGUCUGGUGGGUAAAGGGCGGCCACGACAAACUAACCGAGACGCAGCGCUACGAGGAGGACGGUCUGCAAAUUGGUAAAAAGCCCGCACACAGUUACCCCUGGUUUGAUGACGAGAGCAGCACGCCAACAUUGCGUUCACCAAAGUUUGCGCCCAGUCCGCCGAACAACUACUACAAGGGCUGGUGGACCUAUCCGUACUUCUCCUGCUCACUGAGCCGCUGGCUCGUCUCCUACAGCAUUGCAAUACCACCGAGUGGGCGGCACGGCCUGCGCGGCUUCAUCAGCGUGGACAUUGAUGUGAGCUCGCUGCGUGUCAAUCAGUGCGAUGCACUGCCGUAUCGCUUCAGCAGCAGCAGCAGCAGCAGCAGCACUCCGCCCCACUUGCUGCGGCAGUCGACGGUGCGCCGUGCCACAGCAGCAACAGUUGCUGCCAGCUACGACGUGGAGUCCAUCCGAGACCUGCAAGCAUUUCACAGCUCGCACAAAUGCCAUCGCGCCUCCAUGGUGUGCGACUAUCGCCAGCCCAGCUCGGAGUCAACGACAAUAAGCGGGGCCAAACUGUUGCCGGGCAUGAUUAGCGGCAGCAGCAGCAGCUGGUCGCGCGGCGCGUAUCAGUGCCUCUGCAAGCGGGGCUACUAUUCGCUGCGGCAUCCGGAUGGCUUCAAUGGCACCAUCAUGGAGAUUGCCUGGCAGGAGCAUCAGGACAAUAUAAGCAAUUACUAUACGGACGUAUUCAAGUGUUUGCCGUGCGCCCCCGGCUGUGACACCUGCACCGGACCCGAGCCAUGCCUGGCCAACUAUCACUGGCCUUUCAGAAUAUCGCUGCUGACCAUUUCGAUUGGCUGCGCCUGUGGAACCCUUGUGCUGCUGUGCUAUCUCUUCAAGCAUCGGCGGGUCAAAGUCUUCAAGGUGGCCAGCCCCAUCUUCCUGAUGAUCACGCUCAUUGGCUGUGCCAUUAUGUAUUUGGAGAUGGUCGCCAUAUUUCCCUACCUGGAUACCACCUGGUGCAUUGCCACGAAAUGGACGCGUCAUAUGGGUUUCUGCAUCACCUACACCUCACUGCUCAUGAAGACCUGGCGUGUCUCCUUGACAUAUCGCGUCAAGUCGGCGCAUAAGAUAAAGCUCAACGACCAGCAGCUGCUGCAGUGGAUGGUUCCCAUCUUGCUCGUAAUGCUCAUCUAUUUGGGCACCUGGACAAUUUCCGCCACGCCCUACGCUGAGGUGAUCUACGAUCAGAAUCACCUGAAAUUCAAGCAGUGCUCGUACAAUUGGUGGGAUCACAGUCUGGCCAUAGGAGAGGUGCUCUUCCUCGCCUGGGGCAUCCGCGUCUGCUACAACGUGCGCAACGCGGAGAGCCUCUACAACGAGGCUCGCUUGAUCUCCUAUGCCAUCUACAAUAUAGCCAUUGUGAAUAUCGCCAUGGUGGCUUUUCAUGUAAUGCUCUUUCCAAAUGCUGGACCCGACUACAAAUACAUGCUGGGCUUUGUGCGCACCCAAUUAUCCACCACGACGACCAUUGCCCUGGUCUUUGGCCCGAAGAUAGCGCGCGUCCUGAAGGGCCAGGGCGAUAAGUGGGAUCAGAAGGCCAAGGUGCGCAGCAUCACAGCCUCGUUCUCGCUCAAUGGCGUGGGCCUGGUGCCGGAAGAGUCGCCCGAUCUGUACCAGGAGAACGAGGAGCUCAAAGAACAAAUCCAGAAGCUGGCGCACCAAAUCGAGUUCAUGAAGACUGUGCACAUGCAGAUGAACAACCGACAUCUGAAGCCAAAGCCUGGCGGCUACUUUACCAUCACGUCAACCUCAUUCCAGGCGCCCUACAGCAAGAGCACGGUUUCCACGGCGCAAACACAAACCGGCAAGGAUGAAGGUUUGACCGGCAAUGCGACGCCUUUAAAGUGCAAAUCGCCGAAGGGCAAAGUCUGA